GAGAGAGGGAGAGGGAGAGGGAGAGAGAGAGCUCAGUGGGAGCAGCGAGCAUGGCGCUGAACCUCAGCAUCCACAGGCUCGCCUUACUCACUGCCUAUGAGGAUGUCAUCAACGAGAAGACCUCCACCGACUGGGCCCUGUACACUUACGAAGAUAACACUGACAAUCUGAAAUUAGCCGAUUCAGGAGCUGGUGGUCUACAGGAAAUUGCCACAAAGUUUGACAACCAGAGUGUGAUGUAUGGAUUCUGCAGUAUCAAGGAUUCUGGCUCUGGCCUGCCGAAAUAUGUCCUCAUAAACUGGGUUGGUGAAGAUGUUGAUGAUAUUCGAAAAUGUACAUGUGCUAGUCAUGUGCCAACAAUUGCAGACUUCUUUCAGGGUGCAAAUGUCAUUGUGAAUGCCAGCAGUCCCGAGGAUGUAGACUCAACUGCUAUUCGUCAGAAGCUGACCAAUGGCACGAUGCAUAUUUCAAGCCCAGUUUUGCGCCGGCUCCACCUGAAAGAAGAUGAUGAUUUACUGGGUCCAGUGGGCACGACAUACCAGAAGACAAAUGCUGCUAUUGAAAUGAAGCGAAUCAACCGAGAAUUGUUCUGGGCGCAGGCGAAGAGAGAAGAGGAGCUGAGGAAAGAAGAGGAACGUAAGAAACUGAUUGAGGAAAGAGAAAAAUUUGAGAAAGAGAGGAUGGAGCAAGAGAAGAAAGAACAAGAAAACAGAGAGCAAAGAUACCGAGAACGAGAGAAACAGAUAGAGGAAGAAAGGAAGAAACUGCAAAACCUGGAAGUUGAUGAAAUCAAAUGUCCAUCAAAACAGAACAACACCUGGGAUGUGCAGAGGGAGGGAAUGGAGGAGAAUGAGGACGAAGAGAACAAAGGAUCCAAGAUCAGUGAUUCUGCAGAGAAAGCAGCCGAAGCUGCAGCUCUCAUUGCACUGCGGGAUGGAAAUCCUCGGGAAUUCUUUAAGCAACGCGAACGAGCCAUGACAACAAGUUUUGAAACUGUACCUUUUUCAGGCCAAAGACCUGGUCGAGUGAGCAGCCCCUUCCUUAAGAAUCAACACAGUCUGCCCGAGCGAUCAUGGUCCCCACCAAGAUCCCUUUGCCCUCGAAUCGCUGCUAACCAUAACCCCCUCCAGUCUUGCCCCUCAUCUCAUCAGACACAAAUUGAAAUGACCAGGGUGGAGGAUGUAACAUCAUUCAGUGCUCCCGAGUCGGGUAUCGUUGCAACACCAAUUUAUGAGGAGAAUGAAGAGGCUGAAGUUGCCGAGCUUUCAAACAGAUUUCGGUUCACAGAUAAGACUGUGCUUGAGUUUCCAGAAGAACCUCCAAUUCAGUAUGGAAACCCAGUGCCAGAAUGGAAUGUGCCAAGCUAUAGUGAGGAACCUGGUCUUGUAGAUAUAGACACGCCAAACCCUGUCUGGCCUGAGGCCCCCAACUUCCUACACACUGAAGAUUCAGUACAGAGUGAGCAGGCAGGCUUCAUAAGUACUGGGGAACAGCCACAACAGCAACAACAACAACAACACCUUGUGGACAUUGGGAGUCCAGAAAUGAAUGAGAGUUUUCCGCAAGUAAAUGAGAAUUUACUGGACCUUUGGGAGGCCAAUGGAAUAGACCAGCUGCCCUCAAUGUCACACAGUGAGCUGGCAGAGAAGCCAUUGGUCUACACCAGUACUGAGGAAACUGAACUGAUUUUAAAUGUGCAAAGCCCACCGUUGGAUAAGACUGUGUCAACAAAUGCAGACAUUGAAGCAAAUAGCCAACUGCUUGUGAACUUCCAGGAAUCGUCCGCAGAGCAAGCUGCAGAGUUGGAGCCGGCUGAGUUGGAUCAGCAGCAGCCCCCGAGCUGUGGGGAAGCUGCGGAAGAGAACUUGCUGUGUUUCGAUGGUAAUGAAGGUCUUCCAGCACCACCUCCAGACUGUCUGGAUUCACAGCAGUGGGAGAACCUGCCGAGUCUCAUCGAACUGGAAGGCUCACAGCAGAUGAGUGAAGACUACUGCUUUGGAAUACAGGAGCUACCCAAACCUCAAGAUGCCCAGGCAGUUCAAGAUUUUUUCAACCAAUCACAGGAUGAGUAUAUUAAAGUCCAAACAUAUGUAGAGGAUAAUGCCAAUAAAAUACCAGAAAUUGAUAUUACCUAUUGUGACAAUGAUACUGACACUGAUCCAGACCAUUCUCCUGCAGACUGAUCUUACUCAGCGUGCUACUCUUCUGUAUGACACUUAUGCUUCAAGUAAUUGAAAAAGACAAAAAUUGCUAAGUUUUAAUUUUAGUCUGUGUUUACUAUUUUUAAUUGUAAUAAUUUGAAUGUAUUAUUUUCUAAAUUAACCUUAUUGUAUAUUAAUUCCACUUACAGCUGCUAGAUAGUCUGCUGAAGCUGAUAUGAUGUGACUAGCAGGUGUUAACUAUCACCAAUUGCUUUUCAAGUACCAUUUUCAAAAGCACAAAUUUUGUGAAAUGCUAAUUGCUGUUGUAUGAAAAUAAACGGUUUCUGAAAAUCCA